AUGCCGACAGAGCCGGACCCGUACUCGAUCCUGAUGUGGCACGACUACUCGCCGCCGUCGCCCCCAACUCCGCCGCCGAACAAGUUCCAACACCCGUCGUCGCCGAUGGCGACAUGUGAGGGGGACCUCCACGGGAAGUGGGACUUCCACACGCGCUGUGAGGUCUCCAAGGAAGUGGAGCUGGACAGCGACAUCUACAUCACAGGGAACGACAGCCUCAUGCUCCUCUCUGGCACCUCCCUGACAUGCGAGAAGUACGGGUGCAUUAUAUCCGCCAAUUUCUCAGGCGAGGUGUGCCUCAGCCACGACAUCCAUGUCACAGCCGACAGGGUCUCACUAGUUGCCACCAACAUCACGGUCGCUGACACGGUCAUUGUGAAUACCACCGCGCUCGCUGGUGAUCCGCCUGACCGGACCAGUGGCGUUCCCACAGGGACGCACAGCGACGGUGGCGGGCACUGUGGCCGUGGCGCCAGCUGCUUCGUCAAGCAAGGGCAGACACAGCAGGAUUCAUGGGGCGGCGAUGCCUAUGCAUGGUCUGACCUCGAACACCCCUGGAGCUACGGGAGCAAAGGGGGCUCGACCAGCGUUGAGAAGCACUAUGGUGGUGUCGGUGGUGGCAUCGUGUGGCUGUUUGCUAAGGACCUGGUCAUGAAUGGCACAGUUCUUGCCAACGGUGGGGAUAGCAAUGAGAAGGGUGGAGGUGGUUCUGGAGAGAGCAUCUUUAUAAGGGCUGCAUCGAUGUGAGUGUUUGUGGAAUGAUUUUUUGUUCUGCUUUCUUUAUGCUAAGUGAAUUGAGAUAUGGGAAUGCAAGCUUAGUUAAUCAAGUAGUGUUUGUGGAAUGAUUUUCUGUUCUGCUUUCUUAUGCUAAGUGAUUUGAGAUGUGGGAAUGCAAGCUUAGUUAAUCAAGCAGAAUUUGGA